AUGGCGCAGGGCGGCCGCGGUAGCCGGGACAACCUCCGCGCCUGCGCCCCGCGCCGCCGACGCCGGCCGCGGAGGGCAGCCGCCCGCACCGCGCUCUCGCGAGAACGCCGCGCCGCGCCGCGGGGGCCCGGCUUUGGCUGGCGCGGCCCGCCCCGCCCGAGGCCCCGCCCUUCCGGCCCCGCCCCAGGCGCAGGCCCCGCCCCGAACACAGAGGCCACGCCCCCUCCGACGGCGCUGCGGGAGGAGGGGCCCCCAGGCUGCCGGGAGCUGGCCAGCGGGGUGGCCCCUCCUGACCCCCGGCUGGGAGCGCGCUGUCCCAUGAUCGCCGCCCUCCCGCCCGCGGCGCCUUUGUACCGGGCGCCGCGCCGCGCCCUGGGCUCGCCCGCCGCGCCCGGGCCGCUGGGCCCGGCCGGGGCCGGACAGCCCCCCACCCCCAGCAGCGAGCCCACCAACCCCGUCUCGAGCCUCAUGGAGGCCGCCCACCUCCCGCGGCCAGAGACUGACGACAUGGGCACCGAGCCCCACAUGCAGGGCGGCCCGGAAGCCACCUCCGGCAGCUUCCGCAAGGUGUGGGGUCUGCAGGGGGCCUGGGGGGGGUCCUGA